AGAGCAACGUGUCUCUGUUUGACAGGACUAAAGUAUACAGAUGGGUGAUAACAUAGGCAAAGGCUCACACAGAGAAGGGUUUAAGUACAACUUCACAGCUUCAACUACAGCUGCAAGUGAUACCUGCUCUUUGCAAGAUGGGGUCAUCAAGGAGCAAGAUCGGUUGCUUCCAAUAGCUAACGUGGGGCGGAUCAUGAAGCAAAUCCUUCCUCCUAACGCUAAAAUCUCAAAGGAAGCUAAAGAAACCAUGCAAGAAUGUGUGUCCGAGUUCAUCAGCUUUGUGACUGGGGAAGCUUCUGACAAGUGUCACAAGGAGAAGCGCAAGACUGUGAAUGGCGACGAUAUUUGCUAUGCCUUGGCUACCCUAGGGUUUGAUGACUACACUGACCCACUUAAAAGGUACUUGCAUAAGUAUAGGGAGUUGGAGGGGGAGAAAGCCAAUCAAAAUAAGGCUAACAACAGUUAUGAAAACAACAUUGAAAACAUGUAUAAUUAGGGAAAGCUGAACUUCCUCCAAUUCCCAUGUUCAAUUUGAUUUUGAUUGGUCAAAUUGCAUGCUAGUAGUUGUUGAUCUUCUAGUUUUCUCCUCAUUCCUGACACUUGAGAUAUUCAAGGUGCUUGUAUCCUUAUGUAAUGACGUGAGCCAUUAUAUGCAUAGACAUGUGUUUUAGACUUGAUGAACACAUAGUAGCUUGAGAAUAAUGUGAGUCAUGACUAAUCUUUGUAUUUGUCUGUCCAAUAAUAAGCUUGAAUUAUUUCA